AUGGUGGCGCGCAUCCCGUACCCGGCCACUGUCCCCAAGUACUUCGCCGUCGCCAGCGAAGUAGCCACCAUGGCCUUGCUCCGCUCCUCCGGGCUACCCGUGCCCGCGGUGUACGGAUACGCGCCCGCGCCAGACAACGCGGCGGAGACCGAGUAUAUCUUCAUGGAAUUCGUGCAGGGCACUGACUUGAGCGACGUGUGGUUUGACCUGCGGGAAAGGGACAUCUUAUCGAUCACACGCCAACUUGCUGAGCUCGAGGCGAAGAUGAUGUCGAUUGCGUUCCCGGCUGGCGGGAGCCUGUACUAUACCGAAGACCUGGAGAAGGUGGCCGGCACACCAGGCAUCAUGCUGGAGGACGCGCGGUUCUGCGUCGGUCCCGACACGCGUGUGUCUCUAUGGUAUGGCCGGAGAUCACAGCUCGACAUAGAUCGAGGACCCUACAAAAGUGCCGAAGCGGCGCUCGUAAGAGGCACAGAAAAGGAGCUGGCGUACCUGCAGCAGUUCGGUCGGCCGCUGCUGCCAUUCCAGCGCAUGCGGCGGGAGGCCUACCACUACCAGGCGCAACCGCCGUCGGACCACGUCGAGAACCUGCACCGCUAUCUCCGCAUUGCGUCGCAACUCGUCCCCAAGGAUCCGGCCCUCUGCCAGUUCCGCAUCCGCCAUCCCGACCUCCAGCCGGGCAACAUUAUCGUGUCGCGGUCGCCCGCCGCGGACUCUGAGCUGCGCAUCGUGAGCCUCAUCGACUGGCAGCACACCGCGAUCCUGCCCCUGUUCCUCCUCGCCAGCGUGCCCCAGUGCCUCCAGAACCACAGCGACCCUGUCUCGCACUGCAUGCUCCCGCCUGCGCUCCCGGCGAACCUCGACGCGCUGAGCGCCGCCGCGCGCAGCAGGGCGGAGGAGGCUUACCAUCGCCGCGUCGUCCACUACUGCUACGUCAACAACACGGAGGAGCGCAACAGGCCCCAUUACGACGCGAUGACGGACCGCGUGUGCGUGCUCCGCAGCCGCCUGUUCUGCCACGCCGGCGACCCGUGGGAGGGCGAGACGAUCGAGCUGAAGGCGGCGCUCAUACGCGCGGCGGAGACGUGGGAGACGCUUGUGGGGGACGAUGCGCCGUGCCCUGUCGUGUUUGACGCCGAGGACGUGCGUGAGACGGCAAAGCUGAAUGGAGUGCUGGAGGAAUCAGACAGGCUUGUCGAGGCGUGGCAGAACGCGUCCGGCCUCGGGCAGGAUGGCUUGGUGUCCACGCAGCACUAUGAUGAGGCCAUGGUGCUCUGCAAGCGGAUGAAGGAGAGCGCGUUGGCGGAUGCAGAGGCCACGGAGGAAGAACGGGCGCAGAUCGCGGCGCACUGGCCCUUUGACAACAUGGACGAGGAGGAAUACAUGUGA